UACAAUGGCAAACAAGAAUACGCUCAUGAUGAUUUCUCUUGUUCUCAUCCUUUUGAUCUCUGGUUCAGAGGCAAGACCUGAAAUAUACGAUCGGAUGUGUCCUGGAGUAUGUGGAUCUUUUGUUAAACCCGACUGCAAUGGACUUUGCCAUCAGUUAGGGUUUCCUGCUGGAGGAUAUUGUAAACCAAACAACACUUGUUGUUGCAAGAAGAAAACCUCUGCACCUGUUGAUGAUGAUGUUUGA